AACGGCCCAAGUUGUGAAGGGGCGGCACAAACAUGGUGAAGCCCGCGGCACCGACGAAGCAAAAAUCGCUAGCUGACGAUGAUCUGCUCAAGCUUGAGAAGAUGGAGCUGUCGGACGACGAGGAUGACUUUCAGUACACGAACGUCGACGUCAUGGACGAUGACGACGACGACGAUGAGGCAGACUUUCAGACUGUGCUACGCAACCUGAACAAGGAAAAGGACGUGCCAGCGAUUGAAAAGGCGCCGUCACCAGUGUUUAAGGGCCAGUGUGCAAGCUCAACGAUUCCACCCAGGACGAUAAACACACAAGUGCGACCCUCCGUUGUCGAUGAUUUCAUUCGCAACUUUCUCAUCAAGAUCAGCAUGCCACGCACAUUGGACGUAUUCAAUACCGAAUGGUAUGAGCUCAUGGCCAAGGGAAAAUUGAAGGAAGAAGAUAUCGGAGUUGUUCCGGACAUUUAUUUACGCAACCAAUCUCUUGACGACCAGGUAAAGGCAUUGCGAAAACAGCUCGACGAAACGAAAAAGAUUACCGAAAAGGCAAAGGGGACCUGGGACAAGUUUCGCCAUCAGCGGGAUGUCCACAAGAUGCAUCACCAGCGCGUCGUGCAAGAGAAGAAUUCCCUCAUGGACAAAAUAAAAAAACUGCGGAAGAAUAUUGCCGCCUAUGAGCCACUGCUGUCCGAGUUGCGCACCAAAUACGAAGUUGCAAUGAAGGAGAAAAUGCUGAUGCGACUCGAGCGGGAUCGCUUCAUGGCCAAAACUGAAGCUUUGGAAGCGCAAGUUCGAGCGUUGGAGCUCAAAGACAGUAAGGGAAGCAUGAGCAAAUCGUCGCCUGCGAAAUCUUCGGGAAUCAAGAAGACCAAGAAAGGUGACACGAAAUUGCCGACAGAAAACGCUUCCAACCCCAACACCGACAAAGUUUUCGAUCCCGUGCAAAUUAAGAGGGUCGAAUUGGUCAAAGUGUUCCAAGGUCACCAAAAUUCCAUCGCGGCCGUGGCAUUUCACCCCAAAAACCCUGUUCUGGCAACAGUGUCCGACGACGAAACGUGGAAAUUGUGGUCCAUUCCAACUUGCGAGCUCAUCAUGAGUGGCGAAGGCCACCGCGACUGGAUAGCCGGCAUUGAGUUUCAUCCUCGCGGAACCCACAUUGCGACUUCGUCCGGUGACAAUACGAUUAAAAUUUGGGAUUUUGUCAGCGCGUCAUGCACUCUGACCCUACAAGACCAUGCCCACCCGGUGUGGGAGAGUGCGUUCCACCACGAAGGCGAUUUCCUUGCGUCAGCUUCGAUGGACCACACGUGCAAGCUGUGGGACUUGAGUACUGGGAAAUGCCGCAAAACGUUUCGCGGCCACGUCGACUCGGUGAACAGCGUUUGCUUUCAGCCGUACACGGUUAAUAUCUGUACGGGGUCUGGUGACAAGACUAUCUCGAUUUGGGACAUUCGGUCGGGUCUGUGCGUCCAAACAUUCUAUGGCCACCAAAACACGUGCAACAGUGUGGCGUUUUCGACAGCGGGAGACACAAUUGCAUCCUGCGACGCCGACGGAUUCAUCAAGCUGUGGGAUGUGCGCAUGGUCGCCGAGCGAGCUACAAUCGACGGCGGCCAGCAGCCUUUGAACAGCGUCGCGUUCGACAAGAGCGGUCAAGUGGUAAUGGCGGCAAGUGACGACGGCAUGAUCAAGUUGUGCAACGCUAAGACGUUCGAAUACGUGUCCGACUUGAAAGGUCACGACGGUCCUGUACAGUGUGUCAAAUUUGACCCAGCUGGUCGGUACAUUGCAUCCGCCAGCUCGGAUUGCACGUUCCGUUUGUGGUCGUGAGUGUCCUGCCUGUUCACGACAGAAAGUCAUUCAUUUAUAAGUAUCGUUUGUAAAGCUUGAAGUGUUUGCAUCGUCCAGAAGCAGUGCUUGGUUCAAGCACGUUCGUCGUAAUACAUGGCUUCACAUGGCUCCCGCGUCGUGGCACCAGCCACAUCUAACACUUCGAGGAUGUAGUCGGAGGGGGUGGCGUUUUUCCCGAUGACG